GGAAGGAGCCGAACACGGAAGUGGUGGUGGCGUCUGGGGAGCUCGUGGAGGCGGUGACCGCGACGUCAGAGACGGGAACCCAUCGCCGAGAGGGGGGAGCUUGCAGAAAGGCAUUCGCCUUGUAGGACCUACAUGCGGUGCAGGAGUGGCUGGGCUUCCCUUCUUCACCUCAGCGAGCACCCAGACUGAUGGCGAUGGUGAUGGCGGCAGUUACUCGGACAGCCCCAGUGAAACUGCGCUCGGAGAGGUACAUCCAGAAAGUGCCCAGAAGAAACUUCCUGCCAGAAAAACUGAAAAAGCAGUAUUCAUAACACUGGAAUUUGUGGAUAAUUUAUUAAAAUGGCAGAAAAUAGUGAAAGUAAUAGUAAAAAUUUAGAUGUCAGGCCCAAAACUAGUCGGAGUAGAAGUGCUGACAGAAGGGAUGGUUAUGUGUGGAGUGGAAAGAAGUUAUCUUGGUCAAAAAAGAGUGAAAGUUGUUCAGAUGCUGAAACAGUAAAUGCUAUAGAGAAAACUGAAGUUCCUCUACAGAGCCAAGAAAGAAAGCACAGCUGUUCAUCCAUCGAGUUGGAUUUAGAUCAUUCCUGUGGGCAUAGGUUUUUAGGCCGAUCGCUUAAACAGAAACUGCAAGAUGCUGUGGGGCAGUGUUUCCCAAUAAAAAAUUGUAGUAGUCGGCACUCUUCAGGGCUUCCAUCUAAAAGAAAAAUUCAUAUCAGUGAACUCAUGUUAGAUAAGUGUCCUUUUCCACCUCGAUCAGAUUUAGCCUUCAGGUGGCAUUUUAUUAAACGACACACUGCUCCUAUAAAUCCCAAAUCAGAUGAAUUGAUAAGCACAGAUUUGUCUCAGAAUGAAUUGAGGGAUGGUCAGCUAAAACGAAGAAACAUGGAAGAAGAGGUGAACUGUUUCUCACAUCCCAAUGUUCAGCCCUGUGUCAUAACCACCAACAGUGCUUCAUGUAGAGGUGGUCCUAUGACUGGCUCUGUGAUGAACCUGGUUUCAAAUAACAGUACAGAAGAUAGUGAUAUGGAUUCAGAUGAUGAAAUUAUAACACUUUGCACAAGUUCCAGGAAAAGAAACAAACCCAGAUGGGAAAUGGAUGAAGAAAUCCUUCAGUUGGAAACAACUCCUAAGUACCACACCCAGAUUGAUUAUGUCCACUGUCUUGUACCCGAUCUCCUUCAGAUCAAUAACAAUCCAUGUUACUGGGGAGUUAUGGAUAAAUAUGCAGCUGAAGCUCUACUAGAAGGAAAACCAGAGGGUACCUUUUUACUUCGAGACUCAGCACAGGAAGACUAUUUAUUCUCUGUUAGUUUUAGACGGUAUAGUCGUUCUCUUCAUGCUAGAAUUGAACAGUGGAAUCACAACUUUAGCUUUGAUGCACAUGAUCCUUGUGUCUUCCAUUCUCCUGAUAUUACUGGGCUCCUAGAACAUUAUAAGGACCCAAGUGCCUGUAUGUUCUUCGAACCACUUUUAUCUACUCCUUUAAUUCGGACUUUCCCCUUUUCCCUGCAGCAUAUAUGCAGGACAGUUAUUUGUAAUUGUACAACUUAUGAUGGCAUUGAUGCCCUUCCAAUUCCUUCUUCUAUGAAACUAUAUCUGAAGGAAUAUCACUAUAAAUCAAAAGUUAGAGUACUCAGGAUUGAUGCACCCGAACAACAAUGCUAGGUAAAGGGUAAGGACGUGGGAAUUUAAUAUUUUAUUUUUCUUAAUACUACUUUGAAUUUUUCUACAAGAACAGUUAGAGUCCAAAAUAAACCUCUGCCCUAGAUUUUGCUUCCAGAUCAGUUUAUUUUUCUUACGAUACACUAAUUGUUUAAGGUUACACACUAAGGGUUAAUGGAUAUUUUUGACCAAGUGUUUGGUUUUUCUUUUUAACAUAUAGAGUGUAUACUUAAUUGUUUUUUCUUUUCUUAGUUGUAAUUUGCAUAUGAUCCAGGGAUAUAUGAAAAUUGGUAGGCAUUGUAAACACAGUUAAUCUGUAGUUCAUUAUUUUCUUUAAAAAUAAUACUGUGUCCUUUGCUAUAUGUAAAAUGCUUUGUUAACCUGUGCCAUUGACAUUCCUAUACAUAAAAUGAGGUUUCCUCAUCCCUCUUUUCAGAGUUUUAAAAUUCUUCAGUAAAACUAAGUUAUAAUUCACAACCCAUACUAAUGUAAUUGACUAAUAGGGAUGUUAGAAGUAACAAAAUGGCUUAAAAUCCAACUUGGUGUGUUUUUACAGUAUUUUAAAUAUUGGCUCUAAAGCAGGAUAACAAUUUUAUUCAUCUCAUCAGUAAGAAUCAGAUGAGAGCGUGACAUUGUUGGAGGUUACUUUAUUCUUCUACAAUGUGGCGUGGUCAUUUUUUUAUUCCUUGAAUGGGUCUCUCUUGAAACCUGGAAGAGUUACUAUCUUCAGAACAUAAAUAUUGUUCCUUUCUCACUGGAAGCUUUAAAAAUAAUAACACUGUUAGUAACUGGUGGUUACUAAAGUACUAAAACAACUAUGGGGUUUUUCUGUAUUUACUUAUGAACUGUUGCUUCUACUUAGCUCUUUUAUAGAAACUCAGCUUGUUAUUUGGGGAAAUGCCACAGUUUAUAAACAAUCACAAAUUUUCAUUGGUCCCUAAGUAGUUUUUCAUUAUUUUAAAUUGUGCAUGAAUAAAGAUUCAAGAAGUAAACAUAGAGCUUAGUAUUCAGAAACCUUAAUAUUGUUUUUGAUCUUCAGGUUUCAAAUAAUUAUUCCUACCUUCAGAAUUAACAUGCCUUUAUUGUGGCUUCAAAAAAAGGAAAACAUUUUGAGAGGCUGGCUUAUGCCAUACUGAACAGUACUGGGCAACAGGUGUAAUAUUUUUAAUUUACUGUCUCAAGAACAGGCAAGCAUUUUUAGAAACAUCAUUAUCCCUAUAUUAGAUAACUGAAAUUAUAUCCAUCCCCUCUUUUUUAAAAGAAUCAUCAGUAAUACAUUUUCUAGACAAUUGUUUCUUCUGAUGAGCUGUUUACUGCUUUGUAAACUCAUUUUUAAUAUUGUAGUAAUUACUUUCUUGAUGUUAGUUUAGCCCUAAUAGGAAACUGAUUCUACCUGGGUUGAAAGAAAUUUGACUCAAAUUUUCAAGUUAGAACAGAUGUUUUUUAAGUAUAAUUGCGUUUAUGUUAAAGUAGCAUUUCUCUUUCCUGCAGUUCUGCUAAUAUAAGGUGGCAUUUUUCAAUAAUAGUGUUAAAGUAAGUUUUUAGCAAUUAUCACAAAAUAAAACCAAGAAAAUCUGUUCCUAUUAUCUUCUAGCAUUUUUUUUCUCGGUGAUCUCAAGAUUGUCUUGGUUCCAAUGAAGGGUAGCUAUUAGAAUAGCAACUCUCUUAGCAGGGAUGAGGCUCAGGAUCUCAACACCAAUGUCAGGAUAAAUAUCUCUUCUAAAGAUAAUAUUUCCCUCUUACAAAAGAAAAGUCUCAUACUACCUCAUCUUUAUUGUGGCACUUUGCAGAUCACUGAGAAGCUUAUCUUAUUUACCAAUAUUAUACUUCCUAAAUACUCAUUUU